GCGUACUCCCAUAUUGUCUGCGAUUGCUCCAUCAUACAUUGUAUCGAUCAUCAUGAAUACCAACUACCAGACUAUCCGAUCCGACGAGGCGGUCGUGAAUGCCACUGCAAUUUCGGGUAUGGAUGAACACGAUGCGUUCAUUCUGGAGUAUGUCGAUGAGGCAGACAUCAUGGCGCUCUCCCUUCUACCCCACCUGCUGCCGCCGAAGGCAGACGUACAAUCCAGCCACUACGAUCUCUCUGGGGCAUCAUCCACGAGUUCCCUGAGCACACAGACAAAGACAACCGAGGACAACGAAGGCCAUUCACUGGAUGGCCGAUACCCAGCUGAGGCAUCGGUCGCCGGCCGGUACCCCGUAGCGUCACUCCCUAUCUCAUCGACGCAGCACUCAGACGACGACGACGACUGGAGCGUAGCCCUAGGCACGUACGACUUCCUCGGCAUCGAGUCUGCCAAGCAUGCCACCACCCGCGUCAGAAUCCCUUUGACGUAUCUCGACCACUUCGCCGAGUGGAGAAGCGAGACAGAGGAGUUCGCUGAGAUGUGGGACCUCCUGCGAGAGACGGAGCCCGUCGUCAACUCGCCGAUCGCCAGUACGCUGGUCGAAUAUCCGCACGCCGAGGACGGUCCAGGUUUGUUGCUCGCAGCCGGCACAUCGGAUGAGGAAGGAAGAGGCUGCAUGCCCGAUGCGGUCUUGCUGCCGGAGGUACUGGACGAGAUCAUACCGGGUCUUCGCAGUGUGGGGGAGAUGAUGGGGGAAAUGCGGAUGACCGAUUGA